CGUCUGAACUUGUUGGUAUGUCGUGUUAUGACUUAUGGCAGACUUAAAAAUUAAAUGUGGUUUCCAACCAGUCACAUAUAGUUUUAUUUUUCCAAAUGACAAAGGCAAAAGAUUAGUAGAAAGUGGACAUUUAAUUAAUGUCGAAGAAAUAAAACCGGCUACUAAUCAUAUUGCACCUAGAAUAAAAGGAUUAUGUAUAAGGCAAACUUCUGUGUCUUAUGAUCCAUGGACAGUUAUUCUUGAAAUUGAUGGAACUAGAAGAGUUAAAAAUACAUCUUGUGAUUGUCCUGCUGGCGCAGGAGGAAAAUGCAAACAUAUAUGUGCAUUAAUUUACUACAUUAAUAAUGAGCAACUAAUUUCUAAAACAGACUUGCCCCAACAAUGGGGAAAACCUUCAAAGGCUGGAGAAUUGAAGUAUAAGAAAGGUAGAACAAUUCAAGACUUAUUCCCAUGUAAAAGGCAAAAACAUUUUAUAGAUUAUGUAACUCAUAAAGAUUUAAUUUCAAUGCAUAACAUUUUAAGUAUACCAUGUAGCUUAAGCACACUUUUAAAAGAAGAAAGCCUUACUGAAACAGAAAGACAGUGUAAACAAAUUUUGAAUUCCAUCAUUGAUCAAGUAGAACUAGAUUUUACAUAUUCUUUAAAUAAAAAUCAUUUCUCACUUAUAUUACUUAACCAAAAAAUAUUGUUUAUAAAUAAUACUCCUUCAUCGAAAUUUCCACUUAAUUUUCAUGAAAACAGUUUUUACUUUACUAAUAUUGCUUUAUUGGCAGACAAUCUUUUAAGUAUUUAUAAUUUAACUAUGAGCCAGUCUUCUUCAGAAAUUUGGAAAACCUCUAGACAUUUUCGUAUUUCGGCUAGUAUGAGGGCACAUAAAAUUAAAACAUGUCGUAAUUGGACGGACAUAGGUCUCAAUAAGCUUGCUAACUCUUUCCUAAAAAGAACUGACUUAGGUAUGAAAGGUAAUAUUAAUGUUAAAUAUGGUAAUUUAAAUGAACCUCUAGCUUUUGAAAAAUACCAAGAGUUAUAUGAUGAUAUUAUAGUACUUAAGGCAGGACUUAUUAUCCAUCAUGGGUGUGUGCCAGCCCAGACGGUCUUGUUAUCAAAAAUGGAAAUAUUGAAAGAAUUCUUGAAAUAA